AUGACUUCAAAAAAGGCUAAAGUCGAAGUUUUUUCAAGUGUGCUUAACCAGAGAGCUACUUAUAUUGUCAAUCCGAGACUUUGGCGUUUUAUUUAUCGUCUUCAGAUUACAAUCAACUAUUAUAACGAUUACUAUCAAAUAAUGCAGAACAUCAAAGGUUGGAAGGAAUAA